AUGCAACAAUAUGGGAUUGCAUAUAAUGAUUGUUACUCUCAUAUUAGCGAUGAUAGGUUAAGGGAAGUUAUUGAAUAUGUCCGAAAAGACCAUCCUAACAUGGGUGAAAUUAUGAUUUUGGGUCACCUUCGUUCUAGGCAAAUUAAUGUUCAACAACACCAUGUAAGGCAUAUUUUUUAGGAACAAAUUGAUCCAGCAGGAUUACGGCGAAGAAGAAGCAGAUCAAUGCAGCAUAGGUCAUAUGAAGUACCAUGCCCAAAUUACAUGUGGCAUAUUGAUGGAAACCACAAACUCAUCAGAUAUCGAAUGGGUUAUUCAUUGUGGGAUUGAUGGGUUUUACAGACUAAUAACAUUUUUGAGAUGCUCAGAUAACUGGGGUGAUGUUGUUUUGGAACUAUUUCGUGCUGCAACCACAUAUCUAGGGUUCCUUUACAUGUCAGAACUGACCACGGGGGAGAAAAUGUCAAAGUGUGGGAUGCAAUGUAUGCCCCAUUAUGGCAGUGAUGUUCACCCAGUUCUUGCUGGAAGAUCACAACCAAAGAGCAGAAAGAAACAACAGAGACCUUAACAUUUGCAUCACAACACCAUUCAAGGAUAUUUUCAAGCAACUUGAAGAUGAUGCCCUAGAAUAAACAAUGCACUUAUUGCCCAUUUCAAUGCACACAAUAAUCAUAAGAUUUCUACCGAGGCAUCUGCAACUCCAUCACAGUUCUUUUAUGUGAAAAAUCAUUUGAGAGAACUUUUUGUCAAUACUCAUACCAAUGUCCAAACAUCUCCUGUUCAAUCUCCAGAUUUAUCUGUGGUUACUGUUUCAGCAACGACAUGCCCAAUUACAGAUGAAGAUUAUAUAGGGAGUUGCAAGCUAACAUUGAUCCAAUCAUAGACAAUUCAGAAGACAGGGACUGGAAACGUAAGCUAGAAAUAUGAUGACAAAUCGUGACAUCUGUGAUGUGCCUGUCACGUAGCAAUUACUUGGUUACCACGGUAACAAGUCUUUAAAAUUACAUAAAAACAAAGGCAAAUGCGUGUAGUUUAUGCAAAAUAUAUCGUAAAAAAAGCGUAUUAUCUGAAUUUUGGGAUCGUAGUCGUGGAGCGGCUACACUAACAAAGGUAGAUACGUCCAAAUUUUCAUCUAUUUCUAUUUUAUAGUGAUGCUAAAUGUAAAAUUUGGAUCAUGCUAUCGGCAAAUCGCGCACGCAGCAAUUAUUUCCAGAAAAUACUGCCAAAACUAACCCUGUAACUACAAACUUAACCUGUUUUGUCUUUGACGAUGAAGCCAUUUGAAAUCACAAGAUUGUAAUCUAUCGAAUAGGCUAUUUUUUAUAUCAGUUUGGUAUCAUAUUCAGCCAAAAAUGUUUACUGAAUUUGAUUGACAGAAUAGACCUUAUUCAUAAAUCGUGAUCGAGGCCUCGUAUCCUAGGAAACGGGGAAAAACGCGGGAAAAUUGACAAAAUGUUUCUUUUGCUGUCGGCUAUGGCAGCUUUUUAUCGUCAAUAUUACGGCUUUUUUCGAAAAUAAUAUCUAUAAAACUGAGUUUGAAAGUUGAAAAAAAUACUUCUGAGAAAAUAUAACAUGAUAUUUAAAGCAAAAGAUGCUGGAGUCAAUCGAAAAAGGAAACCUUUGACUUUGUAUCAUUGUCGUAGUUUGUAUGGCCAAAACAAACAACCAACAAGGCUACAAAACGUCUAUGCAAUACCAAAAUCGUAAGAAAUAUGAAACUAUUGUUGAAGAAAAAAGAUUACAACUCACUCAGGUAAUGUAGCCUUCAUUUUUUAAACUUGUAAGCUGCUUGCAGAAUGUUAUCGAGCCACAGCCAUAGUUCAUAUUUUCCCGUACAAAUCAAUGACAUUUGACGUUCUCUUGUGAUUUUUGACCUGUUGUUUUCUUUCAUAUUAAUUUCAAAUUCGAAAAAUUAUACUUUCAUUCCAUAGUUGUCUUGAUUUUUCACGGAAUAACCUUUAUAUUGACGUUAAAAUCUCAGUAGAAUGCUGUUUUUCGCUUCUGGAUAAACACUGUCGCUACGUUGUCAUUUUUUCCACACAAAAACGGGAGAAAAACCGGUCGCUUUUAUAAUAUACUUGUUUCCCGCUUUCGUUGUGGGCACAAAGUCUUAAAAAUACACACAAAAAUCGUUAUAAAUCGCAAAAAGCAACAAGAAACAAGCCGUUGAAGUCGAUAUAUAGCAUCUGAAUUUGGCUUGUCAAGCAGUUUUCGCUUGUUUUCCCGCGUUUUUUCCCCGUAUCCUAGGAUACGAGGCCUCGUCACGAUUUAUGAAUAAGGUCUAUAUAAUUGAAAUUUUGAAAGAGAUUUUGAAAUCUGUAAAACUCUGUUUAAUUAACCAUGGCUAAUUAGUUCAGGAGAACUGGGUUCGAAGCAUAAUUUAUACAUGUAAAGUUUUCGCGGAAGUGUAGGGGUCGGCCUCGGUCAGCACACUAUUUACGAAUGAUGCACAUAUAUAUUUUCUAUGAUUUUAGAACCAAACCACUCCUUCCGAAAGCAGCCAACCUGUUACCAUAGCUGCCACUAUAAAGCCGACGGUAAUUGAAAAGGUAAGAUAACAAUUUUCAUUGAAGAUAUACUUUAAUAUUAAAUAUGCUUCUGUGCCAUCGCUGCUCGCUUCUUUUCACAAACUUCGCUUUACAGUGCAAAAUGAAUUGUUUUAAUACGACUGAUAAACUGUCUGUGAUGGUUGAUGAGAUGUUAUUUUUGCAUAAACUAGCUUCUAAUAGCAUAAAGGAGAAUAACUGCAUAAAAAUGGUCAAAUUACAAAUUAGUCAUACUAUCAGUUCGAGUAAACAUGGUUCAACUGACCACAGAGCAAAGAGUUUUUACUGUUUUACGCGCUGCUUUAAAUUAAUCGGUACAUAAUUCAUAUGUUGCAGCCUAGUCCCAGGCUCUCUCUCUGUACGCUGCUUUGAUACAUUUAUUAAAUAACUUUUAUGCCUGGGUGUGAAGCACCUUCAGCUGUGACGUCACACCUAGGUCCCAGUCUCGUACUAUAUCCGUGUUUUUUCUCGCGCUUGCUUCGAAACCAAAAACUUUUAAAUAACUUCCAUGUAUAAAAUUCGAUUAAAUUGUUUUUACGCACUCAUAGGUUCAGUAUAGCAAGGUGGAUUUCUAAAAGUUCACCUUUUUUUUUGGAGACACCCGGUAUAACGGCGAAAGGAAAAUCAACAACAUAUUCAUACAACAAUUGUGUUUCAUGACAAAACACUAGAAUUUAAAAUCAAAAGAACCUACUUAAAUGGUUUCAGCAACAUAUCCUGUUGCCUGUUGUGUAUUUUUCUUCUCUUUUACGUUCUUUAUUUUAACACAAACUUGGAAAAUCGUAGUUUAUAAACUUGCGAAUUGUGCAUGCUGCCAUUUUGUUUAUUUAUGUACGUAGCCGUUCAGGGCGGGCAACAAUUUUUUCACUUGUUGCUCGGCGGGAUACGUAAAGCCAUGCACGUGACCACAAAUUAGCCAGUCACGUUUGGUGUUCACCCUAGCUCUAUAUAACAAUCCUUUUUAUUUCUAACUUUCCAUGUUGAUAUUAUUAUAUUUAGCCUGCUGCGCCAACCAUGUUCCAUACAGGACAAACUAGUUUCAAGGCUUCAGCUCCUGCUGCUGUAGUACCAAAGAAAGGUGCAAAUACUAGAUUGGUAGAGGUAUAAUAAAUUGCUUAUUCCAAUAAAUUAUAUACUGUUAUAAUAAUAUACAUAAAAAUAUUACUCGACUGUGAUCGGUUGAUUUCAGUGUAAUUCAAACAGCAGUGCAAAAUUCUGUAACAACAGUGCAAAAAUAUGUAUAAGAAACCGAUCUGAUUCGUGGAAAAAACAAUGGGAUCUAAAAUCAACCAAUCAGCUUACUUUCAAACAUAGCUUCGAAAUUAUCAUAUAAAUUAACUGUGGGUUAUAAACACAUACAUAUAUACAAACAUACAAAUACUAACAUAUAUACAUCACGAUCUUUAAGGUUAAAAUUUGUCCUAAUUAUGAAAACAAUUCAUAGCAAACCUAUUUCUUUAAAUUAUUUGACAUUCAUAAAAUAGUAGGCCAAUCAAGUGCACGUUCUCUCCUCAGGUUGUAAGUCGGAUUGUGUUUGGGUGGCAGUAGUUGAUAAUAUUGUAUUGACGAAUUAGCUAUUUGACUAUUGUACCAUUUGUUUUGUAAUAUGUAUUUUGUAUUCGUAGUUUUUAAUAUUAUUAGCGAUUUUGUAUUUUAUAUAUUUUUGUAACAUAAAUUAUCUACACCCUUCUUGGAAAGCAGCUUCGGUUGAAGUGGCCAGCGUAGUCAAAUAAAGUUUUCUCCUAUCCUAUUGUAUUGUAUUUUGUAUUGUAUUUUGUAUUGUAUUUUGUAUUGUAUUUUGUAUUGUAUUGUAUUGUAUUUUGUAUUGUAUUUUGUAUUGUAUAUUUUGUAUUGUAUUUUGUAUUGUAUUUUGUAUUGUAUUUUGUAUUGUAUUUUGUAUUGUAUUUUGUAUUGUAUUUUGUAUUGUAUUUUGUAAGUAAAUUUCGCAAUAGUUACCGGAAUAGAGUACUUUUACCACGAAGACGAGCAUCGAUAGUCCUCUUGGGACUUAGUACAUACAUUUAAAGCUGUGCUACCAAACUGAAUAUCAUUCCUGUAAGUGCAUUUACAAAGUCACAAAAUGAACAGCGCGGAUUUGCUCGCUGACCUUCGACAAUUUCAUUAAAUUCCUGCUUGAGCAAGAAUUUAAGGAGUUAUCGAAGGCGAGCGAGCGAAAUGAAGCCGGAAGUCGAACAGUACAACGCAGAGAAGCAAAGAAUGAAACCGAAGUUAGCAACGAUGAUGUAUACGUCUCAACGUCGGUGGACAAAAAUUUGCAUUUGGCGUUAGUAUAGUACUUAAUAAAUUUGUGUUGUACAGUCACUGUACAUAUUCUGAACACGCAUGAUAUAGUUUUAGGUCCUUUUGGCUGGCAUGAACGUCACAUUUCUUUAUAAUUAUACGAGAAAAAAUUGUUUAUAAUUUUAAUAUUUAGGAAGUGGUAAAGAAGAAAAUAUUGCUACAAAAACAGAAACAACAUUUGCUUUGUAAGCAAAUUGAAAACCAAAAGGUGAGUCCUUGAAGUAUCUUUGACGCAAAGAUAGACAGCGGUUAUUGAGCCACUUUCUUUGUUCUUCCCACGUUAUGACGUCAUACUGUGUAUCUACAGGAUGUAUGAAAAAACCUGCAAACACCAUAAUUUGCAUAAUUCUGCUGCUUACCAGCAUUUCAAUGUCUGUGCUACUUAUGUUGCUCCUGGGAUUUGAAAAUACAUUCUAAUUAACUGCGUUGAUAGAAAUUAGAAUAACACAGAGUUAUUUGUAAUGCAGAAAAGUAAUUAUUAGUUCGACUGCGAAUGGGUCAACUAUUGUGUUUACGCACGCUUGGGAUCAAGUAGUUCUGAAUCAUGCAAAUUCUAAAAACAUUGUACUUCAGAGAGUUUGCUGGUUUUUUGAUACACCCUGUAUAACUGAACAUACAACAGGGCCGCAAUUAGACGCGAUUUUUUUGGGGGGGAGGGCGCAUACUCAUGUAUUCAUGUUCACAUACCGUAAAAACAAUCGCUUAACACGAAUAUAUGAAUAUACCAAUUAUCGCGUCUAGUUCAUAGAUAUAUUGUAUACACUAGAUAGUGCAUCUAAUUAUUCUACAAUUAAAAAAUUGAAGCCGUGAUUGCAGACUCAGGAUAUUCCCAUGAAAUGAGAAGAUUCGUAUAUUUUCUAUUUCUUAAACACGGAACUUAAAUAUUAAGGUAAACCUAUUCCAAAUACGUUUUUAAACUAUUCAAAUGAUGAAAGUUAUUGUUGUUUUUUAAGCGUUUAUUAGCGAGUGGGAAACACCAACAUGACCGCCAUCUAUUCAAAUGGGGGUAACCGCUGGAAUAUUCUUGGCUUCAAUUUUACUAAAAGAGAUGCGCUAUCUAGUCUAUAUAAGAUAUCUAUGGUCUAGUUACGCUCCUGACACACAACGGCAAAAUCUCAUCUAUUUGUUAAAUAGACCUACUGUAAUUGCUAUGAAGCUCUCUAUAUGAGACGGUUUAUGGGAUAUAGGCCGCUGAAAUACUGUCGUGAGUUUUGAGUGGGUGUGAUCAUGUUCAGAGACUGGGAUAGACGUUUUCGUUGACUUUGGGAUUUAGAAUGUCAAGACAGAUAACUGCAUGACACGAACAUCAUUACAAAAGUACUGAGAAAGAGAAACGCUGAAGUAUUUAGACGUCAUGUCCAGGGCUCGAAUUUUAUCGCGGCAAUUGCUGUAGAGGGAGAACAAUUUUUUUGCCGUACAGUGCAAUUUUUAUACUAUUCACUGUGCAUUACUAUUUUGGUACUUGAAUUCAGAUGUUGAUCAAAUCAUGCGUAAAUCACUAUUUUAGUCUCAGUUUUCUUCGAAAAAGAAAACACUAAAGAAAUAUGUAGACAUGUCUCUAGCUUGUCAAAGAUCCAAAGUAACAAUAAAAUUAAAGUUUUAUUACAGUAAUUUGGAAAAUGCCGUGGAAACUGUCUAAAUUGCCGUAGACAGCUGUUACGUUCUACGGCAAUUUUUAACGCCAUUGCCGUCGAUUGAUUUCAGGGAAAUUCGAGGCCUGGUCAUGUCAUAAAUUUAGAGCUUAUGCCUGGUUUAUGUUACAUUGCAGCUUUUAAUAAAGAAAUUGGAACAGAGCAAACAUCUUCAGCAGAGAGAUAAGGACAAAAUAAUGCAGGUACGAUGUUUUUGAAAGUAUCCAAACAUUGGAUAUCUGUAGUGAUUGACGAAUUAGCCUUUCUCACGAUGACGAAUAUCCGCCAUUUUUGGGUGCCAUCUAAUUCUCGUUAACCAAUGCAGACAAUUAAAACAAUGCGAAAAGCAAUUUUUCAAAAUAAACUAGCAUUUACAAAGCAAAUUUACCAUCAUUCGUCCAAAAAAAUUAUAAAAAGUCGCUGUUAUGUGGACUUAUCUCGCAGACUUCGGCUGAAAAGCCACCCAAAAAUGGCGGCGUGAGAAAGGCUAAUUGUGCCACUGUCAGAAAUUACCGAUUAUUCUUGCGACAAUCACCCGAUACCGAUUUUAUAAAGACGUCAUAAUGUCAGUCGAUCGAGUAAAGGUGACGUCAUUCAUUUCGAUCUUUUAAUGAUAAUUUCCAGCGUAACAUGUUAUUGCAACCAGUACUACUAAAACCGUUCGUAAACGGCACGUUUCACGUAUUAUUUCCUCGCAGCAACUGUCUGCUCUACACCCAGCAUGCAACACGAUACCGUUCGCGAGAGAUUAAACAUUUGGGUUUUUCCGUAAAAAAGCGGAUUCAGGUUGCGCGUUUGGCAUGCAACGUGUUUUCUCAACAAUCUGUUUUACACAAUUGAAAAUACAGACAAUUCUACCGUUUCCGAUUGUCUACCGAUAAGGCAAAAAUCCGAUACCAAGAUGAAUAUUGAACCACAUUUGUGGUACAAAAGAAGAAGAAGAAUUUAUUCGCACAUGUCAAAAAUACAUGAUUACAAGUUUUUCCACACAUUAAGACAAAGUUAGCACAAGGUAUCUGAAGUAGUUUUAACACUAAUCGAAGUCAGAUAACCUUAUUAAAGUAUUCGAGCCACUGCAUGUGGGUCAUCAUUGGGUUUAAGGUCAUGAUGCACAACGAUUAUUCAGAUACAAAUUAAAAUGUGUAGACUAUACAAGAACAAAAACAAGCAUAAAGCCAGUGAUCAUUAAUUAUAAAUUUGAUUUUGGUUAAUUUGGGACCAAACAAAAACAGAAAUGAACAUAAUGCUGGUAUUCAUUAAUAAAUUUGAUUUUAAUUUUUUUCUUGAAAACUGAUUUAGUUAGUAUUUUCAUGUAAGCUAUCAUCUACUUCAUUCCAAAAUCCAAAUAUAAGGUCCCUGUGAUCGGAUAGAAAAUUUACCAUAAUAUGUUCUUGCAAUUGGCAUACAAUAACCAAUUGUUGUUGCUAGUCUAGUACUGUACUUGUGUCUAUCACCACCAAAAAAGAAGAAAUCGUUUAAAACAGUAGGGAGUCUAUUUGUAUAUAAAUAAUAAGUUGGAUAUCUUAAUUAUAUCAUAAGGGGGGGGAGGCAAUUCUCUAUUCCCACUGUCUGUCUUAUACUUGUUCAAUAAGUAAAUAAGUCUUACUUAUUCAAUAAGUCUUACAUUCCCACUGUUUGGCUUAUUCAAUAAGUCUUACUGGAAGAAAAAUCGAAUAAGAAUUCGAUUUUUUCCCCAGUAAGACUUAUUGAAUGAGCCAAACAGUGGAUGUAACUAUUUGUUCGUUAUUGUAGACGCUGAAGAGUGUUUCAGAAAGCAUAUCAAAACUCCAAAGUGAAGUGAAAGUAAGCGCCGCGCUUGUCAGAUCAAAAGAAAGUCCAGCCCGAGCACGACAAGUGGUAUGUAUACAAGCUACGUAUUACGCGGUUGAGAAACACAAAAUAAUAAUGAAAUAUGUCAACUAAAUACAAUUAUCAUUGAUGCUAUAAAAUCGACGCCAUAUUUAUACAGCAAUACUGUAUAAGCAAAACUUACUGAACUUCAGACAUCAUUUUCUCUUUGGCGUACCGUCUAAAAUCCCUUUAUUUUAGCAUAAUUUUACAGAUAAAGCACUAAAAAUACUUUGUUCGCCGCCUGAGAAACGUUAAUUACAAAAUUUGAAUUUAGUCAUAACCAAGUGGAAAUAUUCAUUAGUUUUGAGCGCGUGUUAUACGUACGUAACAUACAAAACAUUCUCCUCCUAAGUAGUUCGCCUCAUUAAUAUUGAGUACACAAUCUACGCAUGCUCUGUUAAGCUGGUUCAUCGUAGCUAUCAAUUUUUGGCCGCACUUUCUGACCCGUGCGUCUAAUCGUUACUGCACCUCUGAGGAGAACAAUAGACCUUUCCCCUUUUAAGUGAAAUUUUGAUCUAGACUAGCUUGGACAAAAAUUUUAUCACAGCUUGAAAGAGCAUCACAAAAUUAGUAAUAUUCCGAACUUUCGUUUGCGAAAUGUUGUAAAAUGUGGAUAAUCUAGCCUUGCGAAGUUUGCCGUUUUUCAGUCAUUUUGCAUUACAAAUGGGAAAUUGAUAAUCAGUUUGAUUAUCUGAUUAUCAAUUUCCCGUUUGUAAUACAAAAUGACUGAAAAACGGCAAUCUUCGGAAGGCCAUAUUAUCCGCAUUUUACAACAUUUCGCAACGAAACUUCGGAAUAUUACUAAUUUUGUGAUGCUCUUUCAAGCUGUGAUGAAAUUUUUGUCCAGACUUGUCGAGAUCAGAAUUUCACUUAAAAGGGGAAAGGUCUAUUUACUGUGAACAUUCUCUGUAGACUAUAAGUGUUUAAAAUGUUCACAAGGAAAUAUUUAAUGUAGGUGAUGGGAGAGUCUUGCUAGCGAGAAGGUGGCUAGAAACUAGGAAUGUUCGGUAUACCGAUAUACCGAAAAUAUCGGUAUUGAAACCAAUAUUGGUUUAUCGGUAUGAGUUUUUCAGUCAUACCGAUAUACCGAAAUUUCCGAAAAAUCGGAAUCAUCAAUCAAAAUCAUCAAUUUUUGUUUUACUCACAUGCAAAGUAAAAGUAGUAGACAUUUCGUGUUAAAAACAAUGUCAACAGCUUCGAAAUUAUCAUAAACGGGGUUUCUACUUUUGAAAUUAUUCAAAAUCAAAAUUUCCUUCAAAUUUCCACUAAGGAAUUUUCCUAUCUAAUUUAUAAGACGAAAGACCGGUAUACCGAUAAUAUAGGUAUAAUUUUCCGGUAUACCGAUACCGGGAAAUUCUCAUACCGAACAUUCCUACUAGAAACUAUCAUUAUAAAAGCACAUAAAUCUGAUAAAUGUAACUGACUAUUUCAGAUUUCUAGUCAUAUACAGGGGUGGAAAAAAUUGGCGAGCACGCGAGCAUUGCUCGCAGGAAAUGUUAAACAGCUGCAGGAAAUUCGCUUGAAUGAGGAUUUACUAUUGAAAAUUUGAAGGAAACCUUAACAGCCAUGCCCGACUAUGGGCGCAACAACAUAUGGUUGACAGACAUUAUUCCUUGAAAACACUAUAUGUUUAUGCACAUGCAGAUUUAGCACAAAAAUACUCCGUUGGUCUGCAGGAAAUUGUUGUCUCCAGGUUGUGCUGCCAGGAUCAUAUACACACGUAAAAAUGCCCUGGUCAUAUACCCUGCCGUGGUCAUAUACCCUGCCGUGGUCAUAUACUGCCCUGGUCAUAUACUGCCCUGGUCAUAUACUGCCCUGGUCAUAUACUGCCCUGGUCAUAUACCCUGCCCUGGUCAUAUACCCUGCCCUGGUCAUAUACCCUGCCCUGGUCAUAUACUGCCCUGGUCAUAUACUGCCCUGGUCAUAUACUGCCCUGGUCAUAUACUGCAUGCCCUGGUCAUAUACUGCCCUGGUCAUAUACUGCCCUAGUCAUAUACUGCCCUGGUCAUAUACUGCCCUGGUCAUAUACUGCCCUUGUCAUAUACUGCCCUGGUCAUAUACUGCCCUAGUCAGAUAAUGCCCUGGUCAGAUAAUGCCCUGGUCAGAUACACACGUAAAAACGCACAAUUUGCAGCAAACUGUAGCAGACUUGUAGCAAAGCUGUUCCAACAACUUGUCAACAGGAUGUGUUCGCACUGCUUGUUCCCAGCUUGUUGUCAAGUUGUCAACUUGUCAACGGCUUGUUGACAACUUGCUACAAGGAGCUCGACAGACUUGUUAUAUAAGUUGUGAGUGACAACCUUGUACCAACUUGAUAAAAUAACAGCAUUCGUGUUGACAAGUUUGCUACAAGCCUGUUGCGAAUUCAUCUUCUUGACAAAAUGUGACAUAUUUACGUGUGUAUUUCAUAAGCUACUGUAGUUGUUUCCCUUCGAUUUCUUCACCGCAUAUCAGAUUUUUAUAUUUAACCUUUUUAUAUUUAUUUUUAUAGAUCGACAACAUUUUUUUAUUUUGAUAAAUAUAAAAAUGUUAUCGAUCUUUGGAGUUACACUUGUUUUGUAUUUUGUUAAAAUAUUCAGUGGUUCUAAAAAGUGUUGGAAUAUUUUAUAAAUUCUACUGCAACCAUCUUUCAUUGUUUAAUAUGUUUACCUUGGGGUUUUUUCAGGCUCAGAAAGAAUUGUUAGAUCGUGAGUUAGAUCUUAUCACUCAUGAACAAACUGGAGAAGAUACUACGGAAUUAAAGUACAGAGUGGAGGAGUUAAAGAAAGAGGUAAGUUGAACUCGUGUUGGGUGCCAGUACGUGGGCAGCGAAGAAUACACUUUGCGAGCUUGAUGUACAGUCGAACAAUAUCAUUAAGUUGACUGAUCUUGUAAAUCUACACGUGGUUCUUUUCAUGUACAAAUAUCAUAACAACUUGUUGCCACCAACGGUGGGUUGACUACAAACGUUUUGUAGUUCGCUAUAACUACAGCUACUUCAAAAAUAUGUAGUCAGCUACAACUACUGCUACUUUUGAACAAUAGUAGUUCGCUACUGACUACAGCUACUGCUUGAAAAAUGUAGCGAAUUAUUUCACUAUUUCGCUACGCAAUAUUUUUUUUAAUUUUACUGUAUUUGGAGCAUCUACUAGGCUGUAAUGUAACCUAUAUAACAAAUCGACUUACGAGUAAAUAAGAUAGCAUGCACUUGCACGGCAUAUUUUAUUCAUGCAAAUUGAGUAUUGAUUUUAAGCAAACCGUCUCACAAUUUCUUUACUCCUGUGUGCAAUGUACACUCUCAAAAUACUAGGCUUGCUUCUAAAUUUACAUAUAUACUACCAAAAGCAAGAACAAAUUUCGGAAUUUUCAAUAUCAGCUUUCAAGGCGCUAGAAUAUGGACUUGCCGAUUUCUCAAAUUAAAUAUAAACUUAGAAUCGAUUCUCUUGAAGAGUAUUGAUUCAGUUUCCAACUUUUUCUAUACGUUAUCGGGAGUCAGGACUCCUUUCUCGAUCGUUUAAAAUUUAUUUAAUAUAGAACUAUAUUGUCAAUUUUCAUAAUUUUUUCGUCCUUUAUUCGGUUCCCUGAUACUUAUAUAGCCCUGUGGUUAUUAUAAUUGUAAUUUGAAAGGAGCAAAUAAAUCUUGUCUUGUCGUAUCGUAAAUCUUGUCUUGUAUUAAUGGACAUCUCUCUUAAGCUGACACCCCUCCUAAGCGGACACACGUGCACCUUCGGUCCCAAUGACCUCUUUAAUAAAAUACUAUUGUCAGUACCCCUAUUCAGCGGACACCUCUCUUAAGCGGACACCCUUCUUAAGCGGACACCCUUCUUAAGCGGACACCCUUCUUAAACGGACACCCUUCUUAAGCGGACACAUAUCUUCGGUCCCAAUGGCCUCUUUAAUAAAAUGCUAUUAUCUGUACCCCUAUUCAGCGGACACCUCUAUUAAGCGGAAACGGCCAUUUAACUUGUGGUCCCAAUUAGCCGAAUAACCUCUUUUAGGCUACCCUGGAUUCCAGAGCCUUCGACAGUAAAUAAUAAAUUGAAACGUCGCGAAGGCUCUGGUUCAACGGGAAGAUUCUUUGAUUAAACCGCGCCAAUCACAAAACAGAAUUAGUGUUUGUGAUUGGCGCGGUUUAAUCAAAGAAUCUUCCCGUUGAACCAGAGCCUUCGCGACGUUUCAAUUUAUUAUUUACUGUCGAAGGCUCUGGAAUCCAGGGUACUUUUAGGCGGACAAACGUAACUGAUGAAAGUAAUAUAUGACAAAUUAUACAAAAAUAAUAUCGUUAGUUCUAUCGAACGAGAUACCCAGAAAUCUCGAUUUUGUCAACCAUCCACAUGCCGUGGCUGAUCACAAGAGGGAGAUAAUAAUAAGAGAGGUAGAUAGAUUUAUUAAAAAUUACAUCGCAGCCAUAACACAUGCCUGAAUUACGUAAUUUACACUUUUAAUUAUUCUAUGUAAUAACAUAUCAAUGAGAAUUGCGGUAUGUAUAGUACAAUUAAAAAGUAAUUUAAAAUUGGCAAAUGAAAAGUAAUUUAAAAAAAGAGAGAACGUUCGUCACCUUUUUUGACAAUAUCAUUCAAUUCAUCCAGUACAUAUCAAUAUUUUUCAAUUCAUCCAGUAUUGACGUUUCGAAAUUUUUCAGGCUCAGUCACUGGGUUUACUGGACGCAAGUCAUCGCGGUCGUGGGCGUGGUCGAGCAGGACGUGUCAUGUCACGUGGUAUAUCACGUGGUCACGGCCGAGGUCGCGGCGUUGUCUCCCGAUCAGCUGCUGUGUUAGAUAAACGACCUAAACAGUUGCUGGUUGAAGGAUUUACGGCAGAAGAAAAACAUCUUGUAGAACAGCGUUUUAAGGUAUAAUAUCAAGAUUUUUGUUGGCAUCCCAUCCGAUUGAACACACAAGUAAAAAUCUCACAUCUUGUAACAAGUCUGCCAACAAGCCGUCAACAAGUUGUGUUCGCACUGCUUGUCCCAAGUUGUCAACAAAUUUUGAACAAGCUGUUAACAACUUGUAACAACCUUGUUGAUAUUAGCAGAUUUGUUGCAAGAUUGUUCCAACAAUUCCGAUACGGUCAUGAUAUAACAAUGUUGUUACAACCUUGUGUCGUCAACUUUGUAACAUUCUUUUUGUCGUCAACUUUGUAACAUUCUUAACAACUUUGUAACAUCAGACUUGUUAGAACAACCUUGUGCCAAGUCUGAUAAUGCCAUCAAGCUUGUUCCAAGUUGUUAACAGCUUGUUCCAAACUUGUUCCAACAACUGGGAACAAGCAGUGCGAACACAACAUGUCGACAGCUUGUGAACAGAUUUGUAACAACUUAUUUGCAGACUUGUAACAACUUGUGCGUUUUUACGUGUGUUAUUAUUAGCAUAACAAAAUUACUGGAUGCUGAUUGGUUGAGAGGAGUACAGUUAUUUCAUUAAUUGUACUGCAGUACAAUUAAUGAUUUUCCCAAAACAAACAAAAUGGCGGAAAGGUAUAUUUUGAACACAAAUGUGAAAUGAAAUUGCCCUUGAGGAACUAGAUGAAAAUACGAACAAGAGCACCAAAUUUUGCUUUAACAAAAGAACUAAAUGAAAAUACGAACAAAAGUACCAAAUUUUGGUUGUAAGUCUGGCAGGACUGGGGCCUUUGGCGAGAGAAUAUGAUGUUGAUGGAGAAGUAUCCAAUUUUGUCAUAUGCUAAUAAUAAACAAGUAAUCAUGCGAUGUUGCUCGUACAAUUAGGGAUUAAUAGUACUCGUGAUGUUUGGAAGUUUGCCAAAUUGGACGAGCGGCUGGGGCGAGUAACUCGUACUAUUAAUCACUCGUACUAUUAAUCCCUAAUUGUACUCGCCAUCGCAUGAUUACCUAUACUAAUACAAUGUCAGUACAUGUUUAUAAAAAAAACUGGCGGGAAAUUUGCGUUAACCUACGAUGUUAACCUAAGGGGAAAAUGUAUUGUCAUUUCGAAAGCAUAACUCACGCAAAUAUUGAAAAGUAAAAAGCAGCGUCAACAGUCAUUUGUCAAUACAAUACAAUUUCUUGGGAGGCAAAUGGUGACUCCAAAGAAAGUAGAUCUGCAUCAUGAAACGUUGCACAGAAAAUUGCACAAUCAAACUCGUGUUACAGAAGUGAUAGUGGACAUGUGUGACAACUGAAUGGUAUCCUUUUGUAACGUUUUUGGCUAGGGCCGGGUGGAUAUCUAUUUUUUAAUUGAUAUUUGAGUAACAUUUUUACAAAGAAAACCCUUUAUCUUCGUUGCCACCUCCCGCCUAAUGACCGGUCCCUAACUAGCCCCAGUGUCGUCGCUAAAACGAGAUAAGGAGAGAUUAUUAUAUUAUUUUAUAAACGGCCCAAAGUGGUUCAACAACUUUUCCCAUUUAAAAAAAUAAUAUAUUAUGGUUUGCAAAUAGUUUGUGUAUUUUAUAACUGUGGUGCACUGUAUUUUCCUCUGUAGGAAUUUGGUGAGAUAGACCGUGUCGAAGAAGAUAAAGAUAGUCAUCGACUUAUGAUCACGUUCAGUACUCGAAAACAAGCAGAAAAUGUAGGUUUUAUAUAUUCUCUCAUGUAUUUCAUCGAAGGGUUUCGCCCUCUUUCCUCACCCCCUCUAUGGUUUUGCCCCAUGCCCCACUCGGGAUUUUGCCUGAUACCCGAAAAAAUGUUUUCCGUAAUGUUGUCAAUAUGAUUAUUCCAAGACAAGUUUCCAUCGAUUACUCAACCUAAUGAUUUAGACCUAUCAACUCUAUUAAUUUGCUCGUUAUUGACGUCCUGUAUACAUUUACAUCAUGGUUGUGAAAGGUUGCAAUUCUUUGACGUGAACCUAUAACCAUGAACUCGGUUUUGGCGAUGUUUAAGCAUAGCCUGUUUAAGCAUAGCCUGUUUACUUCAAGCCAUGAAUUCAAAUUAGCUAUUUCAGCAUUUUAGUUGUGACAAUGCUGUUCCAACAACUUGUCAACAAGAUGUAUUUGCAAUAGGUUUGCUGCAAGCUUGUUCACAAGUUGUGACAAUGCUGUUCCAACAACUUGUCAACAAGAUGUGUUUGCAAUAGGUUUGCUGCAAGCUUGUUAAAAGUUGUGACAAUGCUGUUCCAACAACUUGUCAGCAAGAUGUGUUUGCAAUGGGUUUUAGCAAGCUUGUUAACAAGUUGUGACAAUGCUGUUCCAACAACUUGUCAACAAGGUGUCUCCUCAAUAGGCUUGUAGCAAGCUUCUUAACAAGUUGUGACAAUGCUGUUCCAACAACUUGUCAACAAGAUGUCUCCUCAAUAGGCUUGUAGCAAGCUUCUUAACAAGUUGUGACAAUGCUGUUCCAACAACUUGUCAACAAGAUGUCUCCUCAAUAGGCUUGUAGCAAGCUUCUUAACAAGUUGUGACCAUGCUGUUCCAAAACUUGUCAACAAGAUGGGUUUGCAGCAAGCUUGUUAACAAGUUGUGACAAUGCUGUUCCAACAACUUGUCAACAAGAUGUGUUUGCAAUAGGUUUGCAUCAAGCUUGUUAACAAGUUGUGACAAUGCUGUUCCAACAACUUGUCAACAAGAUGUGUUUGCAAUAGGUUUGCAUCAAGCUUGUUAACAAGUUGUGACAAUGCUAUUCCAACAACUUGUCAAGAAAAUAUAUUUGCAAUAGGCUUGUUGGAAGCUUGUUAACAUUUUUUGACAAUGCUGUUCCAACAGCUUGUUAACAAGAUGAGUUUGCAAUAGGCUUGUAGCAAGCUUGUUGACAAAUUGUGACAGUGCUGUUCCAAACUCAGAGAACUCAAGAAUGUUCGGGGACCAAUGGUAAUUUUCUGGCACUAUCUGGGUAGGUCAUCCGGGUUAAAAGGUUUGCUAUAAACUUAUAAUAGAAAUAUAUUUGCCAUGAAAAUGGAACUACCGGUUCUGGCUUACAUCCGUUCCACUCAUGCAUGUGUAAUAUAUUACGGGAACCACUGAGUAUUUUAAUGAAAUACAAAACAACGGGAACUAAUAUGUAUUUCUUGAUAUUUAGGCCAUCACACAUGUUCCCUCAUUUAACAUGAGAAAUCUCAAAGUAUCCUGGUAUCGUCCAACGUCAACUUCCAGCCCACCUGUGAGUUCACCAGCCAGUUUAAAAAUCCCCAUCGGGACUUCGCAAGAGCAAGCCGAUGUGGUAAGUCUCCGUUAGAUUUAUUAUUUAUUUGGCGUCACGCAAGGCAUGAUAUCAGGGCGUUAAGUUGUCAAGACUAUUUAUGAAUGUUGUAUGAAAUGGUUAAGACAAAUGUCAUUGUCUUUUGUACCAGAUGUAGACAGGCGUGUAAAGAAGAUUGGAAAGGUUGACUUCUUGGCCCUGGACGAGAAAUACAGCGCUAAGCGAAGAAGCGCGAACAAUAUACACUUAAUUCUUGCUCCCGAGGGAAAUAGUUGGGUUUGUUUUCCCAAGAGUCUCAAUGCUUUCCGAGACGAAGUCGAGGGAAACGUUAAGACUGUUGGGAAAACAAAACUAUUUCCCUGAUAAUUUCAGCAAAUAUAGAAUAAAAGUUAUUCCGAAUAAGAAGUGCGCAUAAUAAUAACACACGAUUUAUAAAAACUGAAUUUAUUUUAAUUAACACACAGUUUUUAUAAAUUGUGUGUUAUUAUUAUGCACUCCUUAUUCGGAAUAGCUAUUAUUCUGUAGUAACAGACAUUAACGCCUGUAUUCUAAAAACUCACUCACACUCAAAGAGUGGAGCUUCAAUCUGAGCUACUCUUGAGAGUCCAUGCUGUUUUUGAAUAGCUGGAAGGGUUAGUGUCGUAACUAACUUUUGACAUCUCGCCUUCCAGCUGUUCAAAAACAUUUCUGACACUCAAGAGAAGCCGAGAUUGAACCUAUACACUCUUUGAGUGUGAGUGAGCUUUCUGAAUACAGGCGUAAGUGUUUUGUUAUAUAGCGACGAAAGAAAAAUCAGAAUAUCCUGUUGCCUGUUGUGUAUUUUUCUUCUCUUUUACAUUCUUUAUGUUUACACAAACUUGGAAAAUCGUAGUUUAUAAACUUGCGAGUUGUGCUGCCAUUCUGUUUAUUUAUGUACGUAGCCGGUCGGGGCGGGCAACAAUUUUUCACUUGUUGCCCGACUUGACCACAAAUUAGCCAAUCACGUUUGGUGUUCACCCUAUAGCUAUAUAACAAUUUAAUUUAAACCUGAUCCAAUCCAAAAACCUCAAAAGUGUUAUUUUAUAGGGGGAAAUGUACCGGUGUAACAAAAAUUCGUAGGCCGACCGUGAUCGGAAGUCGUUAAAUGCGAGAUGAAAUUUUAGCAAUUUUGGAUAAAAUCUGAACAUUUUGGAUAGAAUGCGAACUUUUUUAAUAGAAUGUGUUUAGCGAAAGUUAGUGAUUCUGAUUUCUUGAUGUAUUUGUUGCAGGAGGAGGAGGAGAAUGUGUUGGAUCAAGACGUGGAGGAAUUACUACUUCAAGAAGAUGUUGAUGAGGAAGAUGAUGAAGAAGACAGAACAUGGCGACGGUAA